AUGUCUGGCCGUGUUCACAGGCUGCUGCGUAAAGGCAACUACGCACAUCGCGUUGGUGCCGGCGCCCCUGUCUACCUGGCGGCUGUGCUGGAGUACCUCACCGCUGAGAUCCUGGAGCUGGCUGGAAACGCCGCCCGCGACAACAAGAAGAGCCGUAUCAUCCCCCGCCACCUGCAGCUGGCCGUCUGCAACGACGAGGAGCUCAACAAACUCCUGGGCGGAGUGACCAUCGCUCAGGGCGGCGUGCUGCCCAACAUCCAGGCUGUUCUUCUGCCCAAGAAGACCGAGAAGGCCCCCAAGUCCAAGUAAAGCAAAGCUGCUGGAAACCACCGACACAAAGGCUCUUUUAAGAGCCACACACUCACCUCUAAAGAGCAAAACUCCUCACACACCAACGUCAUUUAGGGAUGAUUUAUGCUUGCACAUUAGCCGUCAAUACUGGAAUGGUUAUUAUGUGUCAGAUGUUAAGAGAGGAAACCAGUGCUCAUCUGGAAUCUUAAUAUAAAUAAUACGUACUUCCAAUUUCAAUAAGCCUAAUGUACAUGGAUCCACGGCAUUAAAGGAACAUGCUUUUAUCUGUCAAGAUGAACAAUAUAAAUGCACAAACAACACAAGUUCAUAUUUGUCAAAUGAAAAGUAAUGUGGCUAUAACAGAUGAAAUGAUCCCUCAACGUCUGAUAUGCUGCAUGAUGCAAAUCUUGGAGAAGAGGUAGUGAUAAUUAUUUAUUAGAAUUAUUACUAACUAUUAUUUACAGAGUAAUGUUUUCAUAAUUAAUAACUCUGAUAGUUUUAAUGAAUCUGUAAAAUCAGUUUUUUAAGUUAGGUGAUGUGUGUCCGGUCACAUGUGGGAUUAUAGACGUGUUUCACAUGAAUCAGGUUUUCAUUCAAACAAUUGACCAAGUCCUCUGUUGUAUUAAAGUGCCCCAGUAAACCUGACAGUGAUCCAGCAUGCGCAACACCAGGACCAUGAAACAGAAGCACAAAAAAUUUAACACUCAGCCAUCAUUAUUAUUAUUGUAUACAUUUCCUCCUGUGAUUCUUCUGGUGUGACAGUGAUGAGGCUGUCCUGAAGGAGCUCUGUUGCCUUCUGAAUGGUUUGGAUUCCUCCAUUAAACUUUAUUUGCCUUUUAUUGUCAUUGUACAGCACUUUGGUCAGUUAUGUUGUAUUUAAAUGUGCUCUAUAAAUAAAUUUUACUUACUUACUUUUACUUACUUAAACGUUUUGAGCAUUUAAGUUUACUCUUGUUUCCAAGACGAGCGUGACUCUGAUCAAUUCAACCAGAAGCUCCACUUGUUUUCGGAGGCUCUUCUUCACUGAACUCAAAAAGCUUUGGCCUCAUCAGGUGAGCUGAUGAGGCCAGAUCAUAAUACUUUGCCGUCUUUAGAGACAUGCACAUGCACAGCCAUUUAUGUCAUACAAACCUGCUCAAACACACCGAACACACAUUAAUUAUAUAAUAAUUUAAGCAAUGGUGACGAUCAGGAACUCAAAUAAUAACUACAUCUGUCCUUCACCGAGUUGCCCCUCAGGCUCAGGGUUCUAUUUGAAUAUAAUGAGGCAGGUCAGCUGACAUGGGAAGCUGUCAUUGGUCAGUCAGAAAAAAAAUCAGUCAGAAAAGAUUAGCAGCACAUGUAGUGGCUCUGUUUGAAUUUAUAUAUGCUCUAAAUGGCCGUGCGUGUAUAGUAUUCAUGUUAAUGUCUGUUUGUUAAUCUUUUUGUAUUAAGACAUUAGACAGAUCAUUUUAGCAACAUGAUAGCUUUAUUUUGCUUGACCAUAGAUGUAUUAUGGUUUUAUUACCAUUCUCUCAUGUGCUUGAAUGACAGAUGGAAUGAGUAAU